ACGGGAGGCUUGUCCCUUGCGUAAUGACCAGGGGGGUUUGAUGGGGGUCUAGACCGACCAGGCCAAUAGCAAACACGGCACACGCUAUCCGGCGCCCAGACUGGCGCCCAAGCACAGCACUCCUGAAUCCGCGCUACAUCAUGAUUUCGUUAUCGAGUUUCUCGAGUCCAGCGAUUGCUUUUCUUCUCCUUCCAAGUAGUAGUCGAUUUUCCCUAUUGCCUCACUUCAUCGCCGAAGCCCAGUUGCGCUGGGCUAUAACAUAUCGUUUUUCUUUAUUUCGACGUGGCCAAAUGUGCCUGCCAGUACUUUUCCCACCGGGUGCAGAUGCAAAUCCGCGAACACCGCGAUUAACGACGUGAGAACAAGCCAGCUUCUGAUACCGAACACGCAUUAACUCCCUUGUGCGCGAAAUGCGGCGGCGCCAACUGCUGUUGACUGGCGUCGUCGCCUUCAUACUCAUCUGCCUCGCGAGUAUCUUCCGCCUUGGUUCUGGAUCAAGCCUCUCAGAUGGAAUUCUCGACCAUCCUCAAGGUCAUGCGCCGGAUACCGGGCUUGGCGGGCAACCACCGCGCCCUGCCCCUGCUUCCGACAAGGGCAGCAAUCAGGACGGUACUCGCAAAUCCGAGGAUAACUCCCAGUCUUCGAGCGCAUCGUCGUCCUUCGCUGGGUCAAGUCCCGAUCUCAAGUAUAAGCCCGCGCCGCGAGACGUCCAUCCCAUUCAUUUUCUCGUAACGCAAGCGGAGAAAGAACUCCAAGCCACAAGAGCCAAACAAUCCAAGACAUUGGGACAGGCCAUUGCAGAAUAUCGUCGUCGUUAUGGCAUUCCUCCUCCGCCGAAUUUCAACAAGUGGUUCGAGUUUGCGCAAGCCAAGGGUGUUCAGCUGAUCGACGAAUUUGACAUGGUCCACGAGUCUAUAACUCCGUUCUGGGGACUAAAACCCGCCACAAUACGAGAGAGAGCUACUGAGGCGCUCGGAUUUGACAAUGCGCUGCUUGGUAUCCAGAUUCGCAAUGGGAAGAUCACACACAUGGAGGGUGGAGCAGACUGGCAGCGGGAGGCGACUGCUGGUAUGAUGGGCAAGUUUCUUAAAUGGUUACCUGAUAUGGACCUAUGUUUUAACUUGCAUGACGAAUCGAGGGUCGUGGUGCCAUACGACGACAUGGCUAGGCUAGUCCGAAAGGCCAAGGAAGUCAAUAUGCCUGCUGCCAACAUACCUAACCCAAAGAACGCCUUUACGGAGAAACCUAAGGGUCUCAAUGAUGGGACAAGGUUUGAGGAGACAAAGCUAACGCGCUUUAAUGUUUUCGCACACCAACCUACAUGGACACAUUCCCGGCUAUCUUGUCCACCUAACAGCCCUGCAAGAGGACUCGAAGAAGACGAGAGAAAUGAUGACGUGUCGAGAUAUGGGAUGAGUGAUUUGGGUUUCGUCUACAACGUGUCAGCCAUGUCUGACAUAUGCUACUCUCCAACCUUGAGCUCCACAUUUGGAUUUUUUGAUCGUCCGAAUGCAUACAACAUAGUUCACGAUCUUUUCCCCAUCUUUUCCCAGUCCAAGAUUUCCUCGUAUGCGGACAUACUCUACCCCUCGCCAUGGUAUUGGUACGAAAAGGUUCAUUACGAUGAAUCACAAGACAUGCCAUGGGAAGAGAAGGUGAACAAAUUCUACUGGCGCGGUUCGACUACAGGAGGAUUCAGCAGGAACGGAGGUUGGCGGCGCCAGCAUCGCCAGCGGUUCGUCCAGAAAAUCAAUGCCGCCGACAACGCCAAAAUCCUGUCGAAUGCCGGAGGCACCAGAAAGGAGAAGUGGGAAACAGUAGCUGUCCCCCGAGGAGAUUAUAGACAUUUAAUGGACGUAUAUUUCUCUGGUGUUGGCCAGUGCGACCCAGGAGAUUGCGUGGCACAGAAAGAGUUUUUCAACAUUCAAGGUCACGCCGAGCAGCACGAUGCCUGGGGCUACAAGUACCUUUUAGACAUAGACGGCAAUGCAUUCAGUGGCCGGUUUUACGCCUUUUUGAGGAGCAAGAGCCUGACUUACAAGUGGGCUAUCUUUAGGGAAUGGCACCUCGAAUGGCUCAAACCUUGGGCUCAUUAUAUUCCACUAAGUCUGCAGGGCGAUGACUGGGUGGAAGCCGUAAGGUAUUUUGCGGAUAGAGAAGAGGGGAGAGCGGAGGCAGAGCGCCUCGCGAACCAGCAGAGGGAUUGGGCCGAGAAAGUGCUCAGACAUGAGGACAUGGAAGUUUGGUUCUUUAGGCUGCUUUUAGAAUACGGUCGAGUGAUAGACGAUCAGAGAGCCACCAUUGGUUAUACCUCCGGCGCAUCGGAAUCCAAGGCCCGCGCCGGCGAGGAAAAGGAAGAAGAUGAAGUCACUUUCAUGGAUGGUUAAUAGCAGUACUAAGUGCACCUACCCUUACUUAGGGCGUAGGCACAGCAUACAAUGGCGUAUCUGUAACAAUAUAUCUGCAUGGGCGGAUGUCGCGAUGACG